AUGUCGAUCGGGGCGUACGAAGUCGUGAUGUGCGGGGAAGAUGAGCAAUCUGAAGCCCUUAUCAGCCCUUCCCAUCGCAAUGGAUUCAAACCAGCACCAAUGUGCAAAGAUGACAACCAUGGAGCAACUGAGUAUUGGAUCUCUGAAUCUGAGAGACCUCACCCUCGAGCCGUUCGUUCUUCCACCAACGAACCAGCGCAUCCUCGGACCCCCUCACCCCCCAAGCACCGUGUCACCACUUGCUCUCAAACCGUCCGGCGAUGCCAAACCCACAUUGGAAUCCACCAUCGCAACAAUAAAGGCGCUCCAGCGCACCAAAAUCCUGACGUCGCUCCUCGCAAAGCACGGCACGCUCCUUUCCCGCGGCCUCCCCAUCCACUCCGCCGAAGACUUCAGUGCAUUGCCCACGCCUUCGGAUACACGCCGCAUGAGAUCAUCGGCAUCGUCUUCGAUCGGCCUGUGCUAGCACCCAACAUGGCCCCCGCAAACGAAGCGUUGAAAGAGGCGAGGAUCUAUAACCACAACGAAUCCCCGCGUCCCGCACGCGCCGGAGUAUAUCUUCUUCUACUGCACAGGGCACCAGCGACGGGAGGGGAGACAACGAUUCCGUCGAGUCUAGAGCUCUUCCGUCGUGCGAGGGCUGAGAUGCCGACUUCAUUGACCUGCUGGCGGAGAGGGCAUCAUGAGCCAGGUCAUGUAUACGGUCGAGCGGCAGUUCGUGGGCGGGUCGACGAUGAGACAGGCGUUCGGAAGGAGUUCGCGGACACAGACGACGACGAGACAAAGAGACGGAAGGUCGAGGCGCAGAUAGCCCGGUAUGGCCGCGGACGGCAUACAACGUCCGAGUGGACAGACGACGACAGGGAACGACUCCAGCUCGUCCUGACACACCAUCUCCCUAGGGUGCCAUCCGCACGCAACCCGGAACGAACCUUCCCGCUUCCCACGCCCUUCAGGGCUAGCGGCGUACCACAGGAACGCGAUCGAAGCCAAGAAGGGAAGUCGCGCCGGGCGCCCGGGCAAGAACGUCGCGCAUCGGGCGUUUGGCGACGGCACGCCGAUUCCGGAGGAGGACCUGGCGGCGCUGGCGCGCAUCACGGACGAGAUCCGCGUGCUACAUCGAUGGCGGGAGGGCGACGUGCUGGUUUACGACAAUGUCGUUGCGCAGCAUGGGCGGGAGCCGUGGGGAGGGGAGCAGGGGGAUCGCGUUGUUCUGGCUAG